UCGUUUUCGUGCCUGUAAGCAUGCCUGUGAGAUUGGAAGUUUGUUGUGCGAGCGCGCAUGCUGCACUGACCUUUCACUACUGAAAAACUUUCACAAAAGAAGAAAGUACUGCGCGCAGUCGCUCACUGGCAGCAACUGGUUGCAAGCUGUUCCAGGCGGCCCCAGUUGCACAAAUCAUCAAAUGUCGUCGCAGGUACAUGAUCACGCCGCAACUUCGGUGCUGCCGGAUGGGUUUUCCGGAGGACCGCAUGGUUUGGGUGACCCAAAUGAUCGACGGCUGAGGAAAGUGGAGAUUGAGGUCCUCAUCCCUCAAAAGAUGAGAGACAAGGCGCGCGACGAAAAGUGUGCGGAUCUCGUUGAAAAGUUCGGGGAAUGCAGCAAAAGAGAAGGUUUGAUGCUACCAUUCAAGUGCCGACAAGAAAAUAAUGCCCUCAAGGCGUGCUUGAAGAAGUGGUAUGAUGAUCCCGAAUUCCAACACAUGUGCAGAGAAGAGUACCUGAGUGAAAGGAGCAAGUUUCGGGAGACGGGUGUGUGGCACAAGAAGGACAAGCGUGCUAACAUUAGAAGCAAAAAGGCUCCCGAGUCUUCUAGUAAUGCAUGAGUAAAGUGCAGUGCAAGUAGUGUUUGUUUUUCGUUUCUCUCUUGAAUCCUAAUAGCGAAUGGAAUGUCCCAGGAGCGCACGUGUGUUGUUCCUUAAGGUAAAGUGUUUGACCAUUGGUUAAUAAAACUUUAUACAGCUCUGUCA